UCGAUUUUAGUAGCGAUUUUACUCUUGGCCAAGCUGCAUACGCGGGAUAAUUCGCGACGUUAUGUUGAUGUGAGUUUUAAUGGAAGUUACUGGCGCGUUGAGUGAUUAAACCCAAUGGCUCCAAAAUCUGAUCCAGAGACCGAUGCUCUUCGAGCAGAAUUAAGUAAUAUAAUCAAGAAAUGUACAGACGAUCAACAAGCUAAAGCUGAUGUGAAAUUAGAAGAGGCCUGCGCUGAAACGCCAGACGUACCUAAAUGUCGUUUAGGAUCGAAUAAAAUACUGAAAGGACAUUUAAACAAAGUGAAUUCCGUCCAUUUUAGCGGAGAUAGUCGACAUUGCGUAUCUGGAUCAUUAGAUGGUAAAUUAAUUAUCUGGGAUUCGUGGACCGGAAAUAAAGUUCAAAUCAUACCGUUACGAUCAGCAUGGGUUAUGAGUGUGGCUUAUGCCCAAUCUGGAAAUUUUGUAGCUUGCGGUGGUAUGGAUAAUCAAUGCACUAUUUACGAUUUGAAGAAUAGAGAUGCCGGAGGUGUUGCUAAAAUGACCAGAGAACUAUUAGGCUACGAAGGUUUCCUUUCAUCUUGUCGUUUCCUAAACGAUACAACUCUGAUUACAGGAUCUGGAGAUAUGAAAGUAUGCGUUUGGGAUCUUGAAACGCAGAAAAGGACACAAGACUUCGAAGCUCAUAAUGGAGACGUGUGCACCAUUUCUCUGGCUCCCGAUAACAACACGUAUAUUACUGGCAGUGUUGAUAAAACCUGUAAAUUGUGGGAUGUCAGAGAUCCCACCUGCAAGCAGGUUUUCUAUGGCCACGAAGGAGAUGUCAAUAAUGUUUGCUACCAUCCGGGAGGUUACAAUUUUACAACAGCUUCCGAAGAUAAAACAGCUCGCUUGUACGAUAUUCGUUCUGAUCAGCAAAUCGCCUUGUAUACACCGCCCAGUGGUGAACCUGGUUUCACGUGUUGUGGAUUAUCAAUCAGUGGAAGAUUAUUACUGUGUGGAAGCGAUGAUAAAACCGUUCAUAUUUGGGAUACGUUGAAAGCUCAGCACAACGGUAAUUUAACGGGGCAUGAGAAUCGAAUCACAUCCUUAUCCAUCUCUCCUAAUGGUAUGGCAUUAGUUACAAGUUCCUGGGAUAAUAAUCUUCGUGUAUGGACUUAAUUUCGCCAUUUUAAUCAAAUGGUAAACGUAUUACUAUCCCUUAAAAAUACAGCAGCGAAGAAUAUAAGAUCGCGUAAAGAACCACACUUACCUACCUAUUCAUAUCAUAAGGCUUCACUUUCGUGCAACCUACCUACUUUAAUUUGAAUUACCUUCAUCUCCCCUUCAUGAAUUUCCGACAGAUGUAACUUAUGGUUUAUGAUUUUCCUUUACCAAUAAGUAUUUCAAAAUUAAUAUGUACUAAUCUGUUUUUAAUUACGCGAUCCGCCCGUUUUCUUUGCGUAAACAAACCACAUUUACGAAGGCCAAUGAUGAUUUUCUUUUGUGCUCGCUGUUAUUGAUAAUUGAAGACUUGCUAAUGCUGCCAGUAAACCCCACUUAUACGAAUUUAUAUUAAGUACGUAUGAUGUAAACGUAGUCAUAAAAUAGUGACAUUUUUUCGUUGUACUGUAAAUAUAAAUUUUAUAAAAUCGCGUUAA